UGGCUUCAAACUCACAUCAGGUUUCUAUAUCUAUAUCUGGUCUGAAGAUUGGAUGCUGAGCCCAAUACUGAACGGCGGCUCUGACGUAUAUCUAUAUUUAAAUCGGGAAAACUCUGACACUGUCAGUUGCUUAGAUAUGUUCUACUAGGAAGGAAGCUUUGAAGAUCAAAAUUAUUGCAACCAUGGGUGAUAUUCAGUAUUCUAUUUUCAAAUCGGAAAUCCAUAAUCAUAACAAUGCUGUUGAGAGGAAAAAAAUGAUAUCAACAGUACGCAGCUUCCAAAGAUUAUUUCUUUUGUUCCUAGUGGCUUGCACACUAUUUGCUACAUCAAUUAUAGUAAACGGCUAUUUGAACAGUGGGCGAGAUAAAUAUGUGGCAGCUGUAGUUGAAUACGCGCCUUUAGAAUGGGACGGCUUCGAAAAACCGAAAGAUUUGUUUCUCAGGAAUGCCAACCGUUUUGUAACGAUCAUCGAAAGAGCUGCCAAAGAGAAUGCUGACAUAAUAGUUUUCCCGGAAUGUGGUCUGACAACACUGAACAUCCCAGUGAAGAGAGAGGGCAUCACUGAAUACACCACUUUCAUACCGAACCCCGUUGAGAAAAGAACGCCUUGCACUGAUAACGAUACCGGGUUAGCUGAGCACCUGCGUGUUCUGUCUUGUGCGGCGAAGAACAACAAGAUGUAUGUAGCUGUCAAUAUGGACGAGAAAAUCACGUGUGAAUCGGACAUGCAGGGCUGUCCCAAAGAUCACCUCAUAUUUUUCAACACCAACAUUGUAUUCGACAGGAAUGGAACAAUCAUAGCCAAGUACCGAAAAUUCAACUUGUUCAAGGAACCGGAAUUCAACUCAACAAUUUUCCCAAUCUAUGCAGUGUUCAAGACGGACUUUGGAGCCACUUUUGGGAUGUUUAUAUGUUUUGAUAUAUUAUUUGCUCAGCCAGCCGAAGUCAUAGUAUCAAAGUAUAAAGUCACCGAUAUUCUCUAUUCAACUGCUUGGUUCUCAGAGUUGCCCUUCCUUACAGCGGUACAAACCCAAGCCGGUUACAGCUACUCUAUGAACGUGAACCUGCUUGCAUCCGGCUACAACCGUCCUGACCUGUACAGUGGUGGAAGUGGAAUCUAUGCGGGUGAGGAUGGCCCCGUGGUCACCACAAUGCCUGCCUUCCGAACCACCCGUCUGCUAGUCGGCGAGCUCACCAUCUACGGCACGGGACGCAAACGGCCCGUCUGCGAAUACGCCGACAGUUGUCCGCUCUCCAAGGGCAAGGUGAUCGAUAUCCACUUCAACGACACACACGACAAGGAGGGGAUGUUGUUUCUGAAAGAUGACCUCUCGAAGUACUCGACUGAGUUUAUUGAAGAAACUACCAGCUACGAACACGCUAUGAUCCAACACUUAGGGGACGAUAAGGAGACUAACUUGGAGUACAGCAGAAACGGGUUCAACUGUAGUAUCACUGUCACCUGGUUCCGGGAUGACACUUCAUCUAACAACAAAGGUCCCGUCUAUAGACUGGUCGCACACUCCGGCAUCAGAUCCUUUGCAGGUGUGAGAAGUGCCUACAUAGAAGUGUGUGCCUUAGUAGCGUGCGCUGAUAGGACAAUCGAGUCCUGUGGACAUAGACCGUCGUUCGAGAACGUCUCCUCCCGUACACAGGUCAAGAACGUCAACAUCCACACGGAGUCCCUCAACAUUACCACACCGUUUGUCAGUACGCUCGACUCUAAUAUCUAUCCUCUAAUGGGGAACGAGUUGUCGUUCAUUGAGUCGAUUGAUAAGUUCCGGGGGUAUAUACAGAAGACCUACUUGUUCCUGGAGAAACCCAAAGAUGAUUUGAUUACGUUUGGGGUGUAUAAACUGUGAUGAAGACUGAUCCAACAUGUGAUGUACUUAGUUUUGUAUGAGAUUUUUUUAGUUUUAGACCCGAUUUCUAGAUAAUUUAUCAAAUCUUAGGUUGGGCGUACACCGGUUAGUGAAGAUAAGACUAGUUACGUUUAGUCACAAUACUUCACAUAGUUGCUUAUGAAGACAUGACUAAUCAGUGUGAGUUGCGUCAUAAGAAACAAUGUGAAAUAUUGUGUGCAUGAUCAUGUCUUGUCUUGUCUUGACUAACUGGUGUGUGCCUAGCCUAAUAAACCAUCAAAUUUAUAUGUUUAAUGGUCCAUCAGAUUUAAUAAGUAUCCUAGAAACCGGCCAUUAAAAUAAUAUUGUUCCUCCAAUUUACCACUAAACUAGUACUUGAUAAUCUGAUCUAUGUUUUAAGAGAUGUAGAACUGUUCAUGUAGUGCUAAUACAAUACUGUGUCUUAUUAGUUUUUUUCAUUUACUUGAAUAGUUUCAUUUCUAUAAGAUAUGGCUAAGUCGGGGACGGUCGACACUGUUAAACUUCUCCCUCCAUGGCUGGACUCUCAACUCAGGAAUAGAGAGUACAAUAAAAGGUAGACUCAACUUGCUACGCUCAUUUAAUUGAAUAUAUUAUUUUAAAUUAGGGAUAGAAACAGUUCUGGACGAUUACCUGUUGUUCAUACCAAAUUUUUUAAUUAAUUACUGUCAAUAAAUGACUGAAACAAUAUCUGUGCUUCAAUGCAUUUUGCUGUCCGUUAUGGGGAAAAGUUUUAUUUUUAUACAGUAAAGACCAAUAAUCUGAACACUAAUUGGCAGUUGUGUCAUGUUUAGGAUAGAACUCAACUCUGCACAAGCACAAUAUCUCAAAUGAGUCAGCACAAUUUGAGUUCAAAGCAAAUCAGAAUAGCUGGUGCAAGCUACAGUCGUAUUUAUUGUGCUGUGUUUAAACCACAAGCUGAUCCAAUAUAGUUUAAAUUUAUUCUUUGCUUAUCCUGACAAAUUAUUGUGUUUUUGAAAUUGUUAUAUUUAUUGUAAUAGCUUCAUUAUUUUGAGGAAUGAUGAUUAAGCGAUAUCUUUUCCUCGACUUUUCUAGUUUUAUUUAUACAAUAAAAAAUGAUAAUAUUCGCAUGGCUUCUAUUGGUGGAGAGUCCCUGACGGAAAUUCCACUUCGCCUGAGUAGCGAAGUACAUAAUUAAAGCCAUCAAUGGGCCUCACGACUGUUAUAUAUCAGCCAGGACCGAGAAUUCUACGUGCUCAUCCGAUACAAUGAAUUAUUCAAGUGGAACAAGACACAGUAUUUUAUAAUUUUCAUUAGUACCUAAUAAUUUGUUCAAAGAAAUGUGUACAAAAGGAACAAAUGAUUACUAAUAAGUCAUUAAUGUUACCUGUAAUUUUUAUUAAUGUGUUGAUAUGUUUUAAUGUUUGAGUCAAGUCAAUUUUACUAAGGACUGUUUGUGUAAAUUCAGACCUCAUCUGAACAGCAACCUGUUUGUACUAAGAUCUAUUUUAUUAUAUUUUUAUAUCAUAUUUAACAGUAAAGGCGAUGCAAUAAUUUAAUCUAAGCAGUGAUGUGAAGAAAUGGUUGAAAAAGUAAAGAAUUAGAACGAAUAUGGUUAUGGUCUAUGUCACACUAAAGGAACUUAAAUUAAAUUUCAUGAAUGACCGAUUUUAUGAAUAUUUUGAUACUAUUAUUGUCCACUAACAAUUCCUAACAUUCACAUUUGCUCAAAUACAAGUGAUAUUCGUUAUUUUUCAAAAGUAUUGUAAUCAAAUAUAACUAGUUAAUGUUGAAAAUAUCAAAUGUGAUUUUAGAUCAAAUUCUGCAGAAUUCAAUGGUAAAUGUAUUCCACUAUUAUAAAAAAUUAUCGAGCA